UCUAUAAGAAUCAUUCUCUUAACUAACAACAUUCUUACUCUUCGAAUGGAGACUCAAUUAUUAUUGUUGUUAUUACUGAGUGCUCUUGCUCUCAUCAUUUAUGCAUUCAAAUCUUCCAAAACCAACCUUCCACCGGGAAGUUUCGGAUGGCCAAUCAUUGGCGAAACGAUCGCCUUCAUGAAAGAGCAGCAACAACACUUUGUGGGCGAAAGAAUGAAAAAACACUCCACAAAGCUCUUUAAAACCAGCAUAUUCGGCGAGCGGAUGGUUGUUUUAUGCGGCACUGCCGGUCACAAGUUCAUCGCCACCAACGAGGAAAAGCUUUUUCUUGCAUGGCGACCACUAUCCAUGCAGAAGCUCUUCCGCUCUUCCUACCUAAAAGCCGCUGCCACAGCCAUCGUACCGCAAGCAGACGUAAUCCAAAUCUACCGUGCCCCGGGCUUUUUGAAGCCCGAGGCUCUGGUGAAGUACAUAGAAACUAUGGACUCUUUGGUUCAAGAACAUUUGAAGCUUCACUGGGAAGGCAAAACCACGGUUGAGGUAUAUAAACUUGCUCAGCUACUUGUCACGAGUUUGUCCGCUCGCUUCUUCACUGGACUGCAUGACAAUGAGCGCACGGAAAAGUAUGCCCAGUUGAUGGAUGUUCUCACUUCAGGGCUGCAUACUAUUCACAUCAACAUUCCCGGAACCACGUUUCAUCGAGCAAUGAAGGCGGCGAAGGCAUUGAGGAAGGAGGUUUUGUUGUUGAUUGAGGAGAAGAAAGCGGCUGCUGCCAGUGGAGUCCAAACGCACGACAUCUUGUCUUUCAUGCUAUUUAACCCGGACCCCACUGGAAGGUUCUCAUCGGAGAAUGAAGUUGCUGAUAAAUUUAUGGGUUCGAUGGUGGCUGCGUUUCACUCACCUUCCAUGGUUACAGGUUUCCUCUUCAAAUAUCUUGGAGAAAGACCUGAAAUAUGUGACAAAGUUCGUACAGAACAAUUGGAGAUCGCAAGUUCAAAAAAGUCUGGCGAGGCACUGAUCUGGGAAGAUAUACACAAGAUGAAAUAUUCCUGGGGUGUGGCACUUGAAGUUAUGAGGCUGGUACCACCUCUCCAAGGAACAUUUAGGGAGGUUGCUACUGAAUUCACGUAUGAAGGUUACACAAUUCCAAAAGGGUGGAAGGUGUUUUGGUCGGCAAGCAGCACGAAUAAAAUCCCUGAAUACUUUCCGGAUCCGGAAGAGUUUGAUCCGACUAGGUUUGAGAAUGGAAAAACUCCUCCGACUUACUCUAACAUCCCAUUUGGCAGCGGCCCUCGAAUUUGCCCGGGAAAAGAAUAUGCUAGACUCCAACUUAUGUGCUCCCUUCAUCACAUUGUCACAAAAUACAAGUGGGAAGUAAUAAAUCCAAACAGCAAGAUUGCAGGUGGUUUGAAUCCAGUUCCAGAAGAAGGCAUUCACAUUCGCAUCCAACCAUAUUUGCCCCAACAGUAAACUAUUUGGACGCACAAAAUUAGACGCACUUCCUAAUAGAGUGGAACCUGUCAUUGUAUGUGGAUCUCACCUGAAUUAGAAAGUGAGUCGAUCAGUGUGUUAGUAUUAUAUGUCCAAUUAUCACCAUCCUUCGUCUAAUGUUAGUGCAUCAGUAAUAAUACAUGCUUUCAUGUUUGUUUA